AUGAGGGAGGCAUUCCAGUUUGAAGUACUGCAAACACAGCAUGACGAAAUUAAACAAAAGCUGAAAGAAAUGCAGGACGAAAUUCUUAUUAAAAAUGGAGAAAUUAAAAUUCUGCGUGACUCAAUGCAGCAGAUGGAGCAUGCUAUGGAGGAACAGAAAAGAUCAUAUGUGCUAUUGGAACAGCAAAAAUCUCAGACCUUAAGUGAAAAAGAAAAAGAGUUCUCCAAAAAGUUACUGUCAUUGCAGUCAGAGUUGCAAUUCAAAGAUGCAGAAAUGAAUGAAUUAAGAAUACGACUUCAGAACUGUGAAAGAACUAAACAUGUUACUCAGAUGGUUUUAAUGCCAAGGUAGGACCCUAAAAAGAAUUUUGCCAAACAAGUGAAAUCAGAAGGAUGUUCUCCACAGGCUGGAAAAAGAUCUUUUCCUACAAAGGAAUCCUUCAAAGAUGAAAUGUCCACUAGACCAUCAUGUUCUUCAGGAAAUGUGGGGGCCCUGACCACUUUGAUCAAAGAAGACAGUAAGAUAACCCAUCCUGAAGCUUUACCUGUGAAGCAUGAACCGAUGGGAAAAAACAGUUCCUACAACUCUGUCCCUAAACGGAACGCACAAGUUGAUGGUAAAGCUACUCCAAAUUGUGUCUGUUGUGUCUUUUCAGGUUCUAUCUUACUAAACGCACUGAUGAAGCAGCCCAUUGUCCCUGGGUCUUUACUAGGACUCCACCAUCUUCUUAGUAUUAGCUCUGAGCCUCUACCUGGAGCUAUAUUGCAGCCUAACUAUUUGGAUAUGAAGUCUACACAAGCAUUCAGCAGCAGAACAACUCAGGAAGAAAUUGCUCCUCUUGUAUCCUUGGAAGAAGCUCAAAAACUUGCAAUAACAGGAUUGAACUUGAUCGCUGUGGAUGAAGGAUUAGCUGAAGGAAGCCCAACAGAAAGCCAGAGAGACUUCUUUCACCUCACACGCUGCAAGAUCCGAGGCGCCGUGCACCUCUUGCCCUUGGUGGAACAUUACCUUGAUGCAUACUGCCAAGCGGUACAACUGGUGGACACAUCAGUAAAUGGUUCUUGUGGAAACCAUGCAGCUGCUUCUUCCAGAGCCAACACAAAUAUGGUGUCAAGUAAGGAGGACUUCAGGUUGUCUACUGAAGAAACUACAGUUAUAUCACUGGGUGUUCUUUAUUAUUUGGUGUUUUAUAGCUGGGAUGUUGUCCACACAUUGCUAUCUGUGGAAGUGGAAAAAAGUUCUGCCACUGGCCACGUUCCCAAGAUGGACAAAAAUGUGUUGCGUGAUAAUAAAGAAGGUACCAGGACACAAGGAGGACUGCCUGUAGCUCCUCAGGAUGCUCCCAGUAAUGAUCCAGCUCAACAUUCUUUGUUUACGAAGCUGCUUCAGGUUCUAGCUUUUUCUGCUGCCAGAGGGUCCCAGGCUGAUAGUAUACUGAACCAAAGCCUAAAGGUUUUGGUGAAAUUAGCUGAAAAUUCAACAGCAGACUUGCUAAUUAAUUUUCAGCACUUACUGAGUAGCCAGACACUGCUCUGGUGUCUGUGUCCAGAGACCCCUUUGCCUGCUGCCCUUUCUACCGUCAGGCUGUUGGCCAUUUUUUCGAAACACCACACCUUGGUUGCUCAACUUUGUUCUCAUUCAGACACUUGCCUUCUUCUUGCACUGUACAUGUAUAUCACAUCAAGACCAGAUAAAUCAGCAUCUGAAAUGCUUUGGCUUCAGCUGGAACAAGAGACAGUCAGGCUCCUGACCAGGUGUCUGCGGUGCUCCCGGCCAGUGGCUUUGUUGCCCGGUACGGACUGCCAGUGUAAUCUCGAGGUGGUUAAGGCACUAAUCAUAAUGUUACAUAGACAGUGGAUGAAGAUUAGAAGAUCUGAGAACAGCUCGUGUGCACUUAAGGAAAAAAUUAUUCAGUUCUUACGGGAUGCUGUUUUACUUUUACACAGCCUAUCUCAGAAAGAUAAACUGUUUCAUGAACACUGUUUGGAAGUUCUCCAUCAAUAUGACCAAGCCAUGCCAGCCAUAAGAGCCAUUCUCAAAAAGACUCAAAAACUGAGUGCUUGUGAAGAGCUGAUUUUGGAUGAAUUGUAUCCUCCUGAGCCAGAAGCAGAAGACCAAGGAAUGGACUCCAGCUAG